GCACCUUGAAAUUCAAGUUGUGUUUUAGCCUGCUCCGACUUAUGUUUUUCACAUAGUGCUAGAUCCUCAAUUUCCUGGAAUUUACAGCAGUUCGCCUAAUACAUUUAUCUCCGGUGACAGGUCAUUGUGGAAGAUUUCAUGCGAUUGAUGUUAUUUUAGGCUAGUUGUGUGAAUUGAUUCAAAAUGGAAGACAACACCAAACCAUCUUCGCAUCUGGAUGAACCACCUAAUAGCAGGUUGUUUUUAGUAACCAGCAAAUGUAUCACUGAAGACAAUAUUCGAGAUCAUUUUUCUACGUUUGGGGAGAUCCAAGACAUAUGGGUGGUGAAAGACAAACAUACAAAGGAGUCCAAAGGAGUGGCCUUCGUCAAAUUCUCCAAAUCCUCACAAGCUUGCACAGCCAUGGAAGAAAUGCACGGAAAAUGUUUGGUUGAAGGAACCAAACCUAUCAAGGUGUUCAUCGCCCAGUCCAGGUCUUCGGGAAGCCAUAGGGACGUAGAGGAUGAAGAGUUGACUAGAAUCUUUGUAAUGAUCCCAAAGACAUUCACAGAGGAAGACUUGAAAGAAACUUUCAAGGAAUAUGGAGACAUUGAGUAUUGUAUUAUUAUAAAGAACAAACUGACUGGAGAAAGCAAAGGGCUUGGAUAUGUGCGGUUCCAUAAGCCAUCACAAGCAGCAAUGGCCAUAGAGAACUGUGACAAAACUUUUAGAGCAAUCCUUGCUGAGCCAAGAACCAAAACUUCAACAACAGAAACUGAGUAUUUUGGCAACUCUAGAUCUGAACAUAUGGCCAAUGAAUCAGGAAUGAGUGGCUAUCCUUUUAGUGCAGAGAACAACUACCCAUCAGGGGACGUGUGGAAUAGUGACAUGAUCACCAGGUGUCUGAUGGUGUCAUCAAGGGCAGCCAUUACACAGGAGCAGGUCUACAGUCUCUUUGAUCUGAUCCCAGGGAUGGACUACUGUGAGAUGCAACGAGAUCAGUAUGGGUUCAGCAAGGGACAAGCAAUGAUUCGAUACAAUAACCUUGGCUCUGCCGUGUAUGCUAAAGAGAAGCUAAAUGGCUUUGAAUACCCACCUGGAAAUCGUCUUGUCGUGACUUAUGUUGACGAUGGGGAGGACAGGACCAGUCCGGUGGGGAAGAUGGCCAUGCAGCUGGUGGCCGCUCAGAUGAUGUCCAUGGUGUGGAACGGGCCCACAGGCCCCCAGCUUAUGAAGACCAGCACCGGUUAUACUCCCCUCGCUACUUCACAAAAGCCCAGAGUUCAGACCGAUGUCAAUCUUCCCCCUGUGAAGAAGAUGGCGCCCACAGACAGUGCCGUCAAAGAACGUCUCUUCGUCAUAUUCAACCCUUCACCACUUCCAGUCGAUGUGCUUGAAGAUGUGUUUUGUCGUUUUGGCUCUUUGGUUGAAGUGUACCUGGUUCCUGGGCGGAAUGUGGGUUAUAUGAAGUAUGCAGAUAGGAAACAUGCCAACGAUGCCAUUGCCGCCAUGCAUAUGAAGGUUGUGAACGGAGUGAAGAUGAAGGUGAUGUUGGCUGACCCACCAAAGGAAGAGUCGCACAAACGGCAGAGGACAUACUAGCAUCCAGAGCAGAACUAGAGAUUUAAAUGACAUGACCUGCUACAUGACUGGACGGACAUAAACGAUGACACGACCUCUAGCUAUGGACAGUGACUUCCAUACCUUUUGUUCUUGAUGUGGCUUAUAAUAGUCAGAGGAAUUUUCAGUAUUAUAAGUAAUUUUUAGUAAUUCUUUUUCAGCAUUUUCAGUUAUCAAUGUUCAAAUGCAAUACUGUAGCGAAAACAGAAGAAGAGACCACCACAACAAUUUAGUGUCUCAUCUAUUUAUAAAAAAAUAUAUAUGUAGAUAUAUUGUCCAUUGUAUGUGUUGAUAAUAAAAAAAAAAACACACAACA